UUUGACGUCAUCCGAUCUCUGUUUGCUAUAAACAAAGUGUAACCAAACUGCCUGGUAACGAAGACAGUACUGUUAGUUCUACGAUCUAAAAAUGCCUAUCUAAAAAAAUGAUAAAAUAUUUGAGCUCGAUGGCUUGUCGUGUUGUGUGAUGUGCUGAUCACAUUUGUAGUAAAUAAAGUAUGAACUGAAUGAAUCAACAUGGGCAAUUGUGUGUCUGUCAUCAGAAAGAAAAAAGAGCCAAAUAAAACCAUUACAUUGGCAAUUGUUGGACUAGAUAAUGCUGGGAAAAGCACACUGACAUCCGUUCUUACUGGUGAGCAACCUGAUCCAGAUAUAGCUCCCACUGUUGGAUUCCGAACAGCUAAAUUCUCACAGCUCAACUUUGAUGUCACUCUGUUUGAUGUUGGUGGUGGCAAAAACAUCAGGCCUAUAUGGAAGAAUUACUUUGGAGAAGUGUAUGGCAUUUUGUAUGUUUUGGACUCGGGCUGUGAGUCGCGCAUGAGAGAGGCCAUGGAGGUGUUUAAGCACACUUUGGAACAUCCUCAGGUGUCGGGGAAGCCUGUCCUUGUCUUAGCUAAUAAAGUAGACAUGACUGAUCAUAUGGAGGAAUUAGAAAUAAUUAAAGGACUUGAUUUAGAAAAUAUAGUCAAUGAUAACAACUGUCCUUCUAAACUGGCAAUGGUAUCAGCUUUAAAAGGUGUUGGAUCCAAGAUGGAUAAAGAAAUUUUAAAUGGUCUCCAGUGGUUGUUUGACAAAAUUCAGGAAUCGUGGGCUAGUCUAUCAAGCAGGGUUGAAGAGGAUAUGAAAACAGCAAAAGAAGCACGAGAUAAAGAGAGGGAGGAGAGGAGGGAGAGAGUGAAGAAACAAAGAGAAGAAAGAGAAAAGGCAGAGGAACUGGAGAGAACCAGACUUGGCUUGGAGAAAAAAGAAGAACCUGACGAUGAUGAUGAUAUUGUUGAUGGCAACCCUUUCAAAGCCUUGGAUUUGGAACAAUUAAAAAGAAAAGAGAAAGCUUUGAAAGAGGAAAAGAAACAAAAACAAGAUAGACUAAACCAGCUCAACAAAACAGACAGCAUAAAAACUAGAAACGGUGCACUAGACUCUGGUGAUAAUGGUGUGGAGCCUUUCAAUUUGGACAAAAAUUAUCAUCUGCACAGUGGUAAAGAAAGGGGGAGUUUAGAAGAUCCUGGCAUUCAACCCUCCAUGAAAAAUGUGUUCAGUCGCAGCAGUGCUAGAGCCUCCACUCUACCACCUCUUGAGCCACUGGGGUCACAGGAGAAUAAGCAAACCGGAACAGAAAAAAAGAAACAGAGAAAGAAGAAGAAAUUUGCUGAUUACAACGUGGACAGUGGGGUUGAGCAGGAUGACGAUGAUGAUGACGGGAUCGGAAAGUUGAACCAAGUUGUCAAUGACCGAAAUAGUUGGGGCCGCGAUCCUGUUCAUAAUCUUACACCCCGGGACAUCCACCCAAAGAAAACUAAACUUGUGAAGGUAAAUAGAAUAGAGGAAGCCAAGGAUGAAGACCAUUAUUCUUAUGGCGGUGACGUAUAUACAAAAGUACAUAAACUAGACCGGGGAGAUUUCCAGAGGACCCCUCCGCCGCAUAACAAGAAAGAAAGUAAAGGUUACGAAACUUUCCCUCAUGACUUAGAGAAAGGGGACUCAACGUAUAGAAGAACGCUCAAAGGGAUAAGUCCUCCAAACCUUCAAAAGUUUGACGAGGAGAAAGAUGGGGAUGAAAGUACAGAGAGAGAAAACUUUAAUGAUAACUCAGGUGAUGAGAGAUUCAUGUCCUCACGGUUCAGUAAAAUGCCAGACAGACAGCCCUAUGAAAGGUUGGAAAAAGACAGUGGCAGAAAGGGGAAGCAACAAGCUAGAGAAAAAUUGGAAAGACGAGAUGUCAGUGAUGAAGAGAAUGACAGCUACGCUCAGUACAACUCCCUUGAAGACACACUCCGUUUCCCGCCCAGCCCAACAGAAGAUGACCCCCCUAGAGAUUUCUACAAGGAAAUUAAAGCUUUACAAGAAAGAAAUUUUAAAGGGUUCAAGAAAAAUGAUCUAGAUGUUGAAGAUGAAACAAAAAAUAUUGAAAAAAGAGAAAAUUUAUACCACAUGAAGCCAAUGAAAUCUAACUUUGAAGAUGAAAAUGGUAAAGGUGGAGUUUCAGAUAGGUCAGAAACACGCAGAAAAAAGAAACGCAAUUUGCUGAGAUCAAACAAACUCGCCCCUGCUGAUGAUGAAUUUUCCAGCAAGUUUGGCUCACCCAGGAUGGUCCAAGAGAAAGGAUCUAGAAAUACUUCUGAUUCUGACACUCCGGUCAAAAGCCUGAAUUCCAAACUAACUCAGAUUCACAGAAAUAAGUCUCAAGAUUCAGACUUUGAAACCAAGUGGGGUUUUGCUGAGGAUCUACCUGCAAUAGAUGACAAUUACAAUGUUAGAAGGAUCCCAAAUUUUAACGACAGUGAUGAUGGGGACAUUGUCUAUUGAUACUUUAUGAUGACAUUGUCUAUUUAUAUUUAAAGAUAUUUUCUUGUAUGUUAGCCAGUCAUACUUUUUACAAUUUUUUAUUUAGCCCCUAAGUGGUUAAAAAGUGAAUUCAGUUUAAACUUGUUAUUUUAUAACAAAUAAAUUUUAUAUUAUUAUAUCUGUACACUAUAUGCUGGUAAUCAUUAAGUAAUUACCUCCUCUAUUCCCUCCUUAUAAAUUAUGUUUAUGUUUUAAAUUAUCACCUAGUGCAUAAUAUUUAUUUAAAAUACUGCAUUUAAAACUAUUUUUACUUAGUUUUGUAAGGUCUGAGUUUGGAUGAUAAAAGAUAAUACAUUUUUGUUGUUCAUUUUAUAAUUCUACUAGAACUAUUUACCUAUGUUAUAUAUAUUUAUACAUAUUGUAGUGGUUGUUUAUUUCUUUUUUUUGCUCUAUCAUUUUCAUGGUAUGUAUAUUAUAAAUUAUUCUUUAUUAUUAUAAUAUGCCUAUUUAUACAAAUGUGAAAACAUUAUUGGAAGUUGUUUAUCAUUAUUUUAAAUUAUAAAAUAAAAUCCGUCCAUAAUAUAGUAAUUAGCUCAUUCUUUUAAAAAAUUAUUUUCAUAUUGUUAAUGUUGAAAUUCAUUAUAUUUUCAAUGUUUUUUAAAUAUUUCUAUCAUUAAGCCUUAAGCCAAAUUAUCAUAUAUUCUUUUAAAACAAUGCUUUUAAUUGAGCACAAAAGCACAUACUUUGAUAUGUAGUCUACACUGAGGUAUAUCCCAAUAAAUAUUUUAGAAUAUUUUUGUUGGCCUAAUUUCUAACACAGAUUAGAACAAAAAUUAUUUACAAUUUCUUCUCCUGGUACUUUACAUACCCAUAACAUUUUUAUAUUACAUUCUAGCUAUGUAUGUUAACAUUAUUAUUUUAAUGUAAAAAAACUGAAAGCACCUGUUCUACUUUUUGUUUAAACUAACUUUUUGGGUUUUCUUUGUAGUUUAAAAAAAUAAAACCACAACUGAAUGUGAAAAUAAAUUUGGAUGAGC